UUAACAAGAAGGAGGAUUCACAUUCAUCUAGUACUAGUGCAGCUGGUGCACAAGUGGGCUCUAAGAUGGCGGCCUCUGCAACAAGUGUAGUUGCAGGAAGUUCUUUUCCUAAGGAUAAUAAGGUGGAUAGCUUGUCUAAAGACAACAACAAGAACGCAAACAACCUGAGUUCUUCGAAAGGAGGUGGAGCAUCUUCCUCCAGUGGUCAAAAAGGGAGUAAAAACAAAGAGAAGAAUGGAAAGGGUGGAAGCUUCUAUAACAAGGACAAGGAUAAAGACGGAGGAAAGGACAAGUUAAGGCUCGAUGCAAUUCAUUUCCAGCAGUCAUUUUCUUCUAAUUCCUUACUUUCUUGGAAUAAUGAUCCGGAAGAAAUUGAAAUGAAAGGAAGAAGUGUAUUGCUUUGAGUUCUAACCAAGGACAAAGAUGGAGGCGAGCGCAAGAUGUCCAGAACAAACAGUGGCGCUGGAGGGAAAAACGCCACUAAUAAAGCAGGAGGUGCUGUUAGUCGAACUAAUAGUGGGACAACUUCUGGAGACCGAGAGGCGACCUCUACUAAGGGAGCAACAUCGUCUGCUAGUGGAGGAAAGCAGCAAACUGCAG